AUGGCCCUCCAUGGCACAGUCCACCACCACCACCACCACCACCACCACGCCGGCAAUGCACCGCCACGCCCAUCCGUCUUUCCUCUCCUCCACCUGCCCCGAGAACUCAGAGACCAGAUAUACCACCACGUCUUCGCUCUUCAAAACAACCGUUGCCAGCGCCCCAUCGAGCGUCGCAAUUUAAAGUACUUCACACCCACCCCCGCCGCCAUCCUUCUCAUUACCCGCCAUGACUACUUUCUCCUCAAUCGCCAGGUCGCCCGUGAGGCGCUCGAGGUCCUGUUCAAGCACCACACCGUCUAUCUGAGCUGCGGGCCCUUUGUGCUCAAGACGCUGUUUGAAAAAAUUGAAGAGCCAAACGGGCCCGGCAGGCAAUGGCUCAAGUGGCUGAGCAAGAUACAGCUCGACUGGGAGACGCUGCCCAACCUGCGCAACUAUCCCCCAGAACGCGGCGAGGGAAGAAGCGACGAGUACUGGGAGUACGACCAAGUAGAAGUCGACGUCGACUACAUACGGGGAGCCUACUACAACGGACACUUUGACGAAUAUGACCACGAAGGAGAACACUACGACGACAACCUGUACUCGCCCCCAAACAUGCCUCUGUAUCCUUCAUUUCGCCAACCCGCUGCCUCUGCCGCCCCCAGUGCAAAUGACCCCUUUGGCCUCGCAAGCCACUAUCCCUUUACCGACCCCACUCGCGAUCCCGUCCACGAGGCCUCUGCCGCAGACAUUGCCACCAAGCUGCAGCUUCUCGUGUCCCUCGAGGUCACGCCGCUCUUUUCAUACCUUGCAUCGCCGACGUUUAACCUCAGCAGCAUAUCACUCCCAUUAGCCUUCAUAUCCCGUGAGUCGUACCACCACCGCAAUCUGUCGCGUCCUGGAUACGCACUACCCGUCAAAAUCCGCUACUGGAUCGAGGUCUGUGUACACGCACUGCUCAUGCUGAUAGCGCCACACGUCUCUGACACGCCGGACUCGACACCCCUGGACGAGGUGCGCAUCAGGUACGCGCCCACAGACAUCUGGGCGUCGAUGGAACCCACCGACGACCUGCGCCGCAUGGCCGAUGCGGGCGUGUGGUUCGACAAUCCCGAUCCCGGGCAAGACGUCGAGCGCCCGGGCGAGGGCGAGGCCUUUCGCGCCGUGUGGGAAGGCAUCAAGACACGCAUACCGCUUGAGCAGAGGGCCAAGCUGGGCAAGCGACUUGGCCUCCAAGCCUCGGUCAACUUUGUGCCUUGGGACGGCGACAUUGAUAACGGCAGGGUUGGCGACGAGCUCCAGGUCAUUUUUACCAGGGAUACGCUGCUGCCACGCGAGACCACGGCCUAGGAUCUGCCACGUUUUGGGACAUGGUCACGGUACUUUUAUGAUUGGUGCCUGAGCAGUGUAGACCUCCAACGUUAUGGAAAUUACUUGUUUUAGCCCAACCGAAGCUUUACUCUCUUGGUCCUAUAACACAUGCACAUAACUAUUGUGAAUUGAGACCGUUGAAAAAAAAAUUCAAGUAGGCUCU